UGCUUUUUCACUCUCUUAAUGAUGUCCUUUGAUAAACAGAUUUUUCCUAGCCUAUUCCAAGUAAGCAGUAUUUUCCUAUGCCUCUCUAACCUCACUACCUCUGCAUGGGGGUGGGGAAUCAUUAACAAAUUUGAGAGCUUUGUGCCUGGAGUAGUUAGUGGGCAAGGAGCCAAGAAUGAGGGAAGAACUGGGAUGAAAGCAGAAUUGGGAAAUGGCAGUAAUAUGAGCAGCCCAAAUAUUCACCCAAAUGUAUUACGAAGUGGGGAGGGGCUUAGAGCCAAGGUGGCAGCCGUAUCCAGUUGUGUGUUAGUUCUCUUUUAUUUAUGAACAUUCAUGCUUAGGCCCAAGCCCAGCUCCUAUGUAGUAGUCUUUUUGGAGGUCACGUAUGUUUGGAAGCUCAUAGUAGACAUGUAUUUGGUUCUAACUGGGAAAGUAUGCUGAACUCUGGCUGGCUGUUUGCAGCUUCUUCCUCCACACCUUCCACAUUUCAUACAAGAACCCCUCAGGCACAUGAGGGACCCAAUACUAAAUAUGUAUCCUUGUAGGUGCCCUUCCCAGCCUCUCAUUGACAGUUUUGACCAUCAUCAAAGUCCUGAGGCCUGGGAGAGCAGGAACCUAUUGUUUCAGGCAUCAGUGACUUUUGAGGACGUGGCUGUGUACUUCACUGAGAAGGAACGGGCCAGCCUGGUGCCUGCUCAGAGGGCCCUGUACAGGGAUGUGAUGCUGGAGAACUGUGGGGCUGUGGCCUUCCUAGCAUCACCCACUUCCAAACCAGCUCUGAUCUGUCAUCUGGAACAAGGGAAAGAGCCCUGUUUUACCCAGCCACAGGGAGCCCUAAGCAGGAGGAGCAGGAGAACAGACCGUACAGGGUAA